ACUACAUUAUUAUUAGUGUCAUUCUUUACCAACCUUGGUUUUAACGUUCAAUUUUGUUUCCAAAAUAAACAAUCAGAACUUCAUUCUAUUUUUCAUUGGAAAGUUCAUUAUUGUAGCUUUGAAAAUGUCUUGUGUAACAAACCCAGUUCUCAUAUCAGUUCAAAGACCUCAAAUAUCUUCAGUUUUUCUGUUACCAAAAAGAGUUUCAAGUUCAACUAGUUAUGGAUUGUUGAAGUCUAGAACACUUCAACAUGAGUCUAUAAAUUCAAGCUUGGUGUUCUCUCCAUUGGUGAAGAAGGCCUUUGGAGUAAAUCAAAGAAGGUUUCCAGUUGUUACAGCCUUAGCAGCAGAUGCUGAUGAUAGUGAAAUUGAAAUCUCUAAUGGGUCUGUCCAAUCCUCAAAGAGUUUUGGUGAGAAAUUUCCUGCAUUGGUUACUGGUUUCUUUUUCUUUAUGUGGUACUUCUUAAAUGUGAUUUUCAACAUACUCAACAAGAAAGUCUACAAUUAUUUUCCAUAUCCAUACUUUGUUUCUGUUGUACAUCUCCUUGUGGGGGUGGUAUAUUGCCUUUUUAGCUGGGGUUUAGGCCUACCAAAACGUGCACCAAUGAAUAAGGAGCUCUUGUUACUAUUGACUCCAGUGGCAUUUUGUCAUGCCCUUGGUCAUGUCAUGUCCAAUGUAUCAUUUGCUGCUGUUGCUGUAUCGUUUACGCAUACCAUAAAAGCUUUGGAGCCAUUUUUCAAUGCUUCAGCUUCCCAGUUUGUCUUAGGCCAACAUAUUCCACUGUCUCUGUGGCUAUCCUUGACUCCUGUGGUUUUAGGUGUAUCAAUGGCAUCACUAACUGAACUGUCUUUCAAUUGGACUGGUUUCAUUAGUGCAAUGAUUUCAAAUAUAGCUUUUACAUACAGAAGUCUAUAUUCUAAGAAAGCAAUGACUGGAAUGGACAGUACAAAUGUAUAUGCGUAUAUUUCAGUAAUUGCGCUCGCCUUUUGUAUUCCCCCGGCAAUUCUUAUUGAAGGACCCCAACUGAUGGAAUUUGGAUUUAGAAAUGCUAUUUCAAAAGUUGGACUGACAAAGUUUCUGUCUGAUCUUUUCUGGAUUGGAAUGUUUUACCAUCUUUACAAUCAGCUUGCUACUAAUACUUUGGAACGUGUUGCACCACUAACACAUGCAGUUGGAAAUGUGUUGAAGAGAGUUUUUGUCAUUGGAUUCUCUAUAGUUGUGUUUGGCAACAAGAUAUCGACACAAACUGGCAUUGGUACUGCUAUUGCAAUUGCAGGAGUUGCCAUAUAUUCAGUGAUUAAAGCAAACAUCGAAGAGCAAAAACGGAAAGCUGCUGCAGCCCUUGCAUCUUAAUGGAUGCUCUUUCCUUUAUCAGCAAUAUUGGAUCAAGUUGGCAUAAAUUUAUGAGAAGAAUUUGGAGAAUCCAAUAUUUAGAAACAUUUUUCAUUGUUUGUUACAUGAAUAGUGAAAGCUUCUAGAAGUAGAAAAAUUGUUUUGCUUCAUUUUGUUCAUGAUAUUCCACUACCUGUGGAUUUUAGUUUAUGGUAUCUACAGAACUUCAGUGCAGAGUUUAACCAAAAAAUUUUUGCCAAAAUUUUUUCCCA